AUGGCGCUCAAGAGAAUUAACAAGGAACUGAGCGAUCUCGGCCGUGAUCCCCCGUCCUCGUGCUCGGCUGGACCUAUUGGAGAUGAUUUGUUCCACUGGCAGGCAACUAUUAUGGGACCUUCCGAUUCGCCAUACUCCGGAGGUGUAUUCUUCUUAGCCAUCCACUUCCCAACAGACUACCCAUUCAAGCCUCCGAAGGUCAACUUCACAACCCGCAUCUACCACCCUAAUAUCAACUCCAACGGCAGCAUCUGUCUAGACAUCCUCAGGGACCAAUGGAGCCCGGCUCUUACCAUCUCCAAAGUUCUGCUUUCCAUCUGCUCCAUGUUGACGGACCCCAACCCGGAUGACCCACUUGUCCCAGAGAUCGCACACGUCUACAAGACCGAUCGUGCCAGGUACGAGGCCACGGCAAGGGAGUGGACCCGCAAGUACGCUAUCUAG